AUGGUUUAUUACUAUACAUCGAACAAUGUGAAAAUGUUGAGAAAUAUGAUCAUUGACUACGGAGCCAGUACGGAGGUAUCUCCUUACGAAUACAUGAAAACUUAUAUAUCAAAGUGUCCCGAAAAUAUUGAAGACGCCAAGUUGUCGUGGACCGCUGAAGCAUUUUUGGGAAUACAAAAACACGGCGAAUUUUUAAAGGAAAUUGCAUCUUACAUGUCCGAAGAAUUAUCAGAAGAGGAUCAAGAUUAUUUCAUUAUUGUUUUCCACGCUAUAACAUUUCAAAUUACCCCAACUGAUAUGUCAUAUUUGUACAAGUGUCUCUUCAAUUUAAGUAAACCAUUACUAAGUACUUUUACUAAUUUUCUGAGUAACAAUGAAGUUUUAACAUAUGUGUCGCAAGUAGCCCAUAGUACCUAUGACACAAAUUUUAUAACGCACAAAAUAAUUAGCCCUUUAUUCAGUUGGCAACCAUAUAUCAGUGAAAUGGCUCAUAACUAUGCUGAAUAUUUGAAGAAAAUUGAACGAAGGAAAAUUAAACCAUUGACAAUACCCGUACAGCCCAAUGUACUACGUAGAAAAAACCAUUCUGACAUAGGCCCUCUUCGUGUGCCAAGUCCUGUGCCUGACACUCCACCCAACUCAAUGCAAAAGAAACGUCAUAAGAUGUUACCUAAAAGUGUUAUCGAUAAAAAACUUAAGAACAUGCAUGAAAAAAACCAAUUUAAAGCAACACAGCUAUUGCAUAUUGUCAAAACAAAUAAUUCAAAUUUUGCUAAAGGAAGGUCCGAAAAUUAUUAUAAAAAGCUAUCCGAUAUAAAAAAUGAAAUGGACAAUGAGAACAAGAAAACUGGAUCGAAUGUUGGUAAAAGAGCAUUUUCUUUACCGAACACAGCUCCAACUAUUAAAGAAACGACAGCUACGGUUAAAAGGAUUAACACAAGAAUUCAAAAGUCUCAAAUUGAGGAAGUAAAAUGGCUAGAAGACUUAAUAACGAAUUUCAGAGAUGUUAACAAAAUUGAACAAAUGAAAGAGUACGAUCGCCAAGAAAAAGAAAGAGAGAGACUACUUAGUAUAGAAAAGAAGCAUUUAAUGGGACAGAUUUCCCACGAAGAAGCUUUAAUAGCAAAGCGAAAGUGCAAAGAAGAAAACAAAAAGAAACAUGAAGAGUUUUUAAGAGAAAAACAAAAUUGGGACGAAGAAAUUGAGAAUUGGAGAAAAAUGGAAAUGGAGAAAAAUCGGAAGCAAGUAGAAAAACUCUCACUUUUAGAGUUGAACUUGAUGGAAGCAAAAAAUAACGCCACUCUCAAAAAGAAAGAAACAGCCUAUAAAGUCAAAAAAGAAAAUGAAGAAAUACUGGCGCAUGCAAUGGCAGCUAAACAAGAAGAACUAGAAAGAAGAUUUCGUGUAAUAAAAGAGAUUAAAAUGUUGGCUGAAAUCGCUAAAAAGGCGAAAGUUCCUAAAAUAAUAGACCUAACUGAGACGUCUGGUCUAGGAUUACUAUGUGAAAUGUCCAUGGCUGAACUUCAAGAAAGAUUAAGCAACAUGAAAAUAUGUUUCUGUGAAGAAUUGGAAAAUAAAAAGAAAAAUAUAAAACAGGAAAAUUUGGCUGCAAAAAAUAAAUUAAUAGAAACAAAGGAAUCAAUUAAAACUUACAUGAAUGAGCGUGAAACAUUAAGAAAGGAAAAGAAAUCUUCAAACAAUGUACCACUAAAUAGUACAACCUCUAAAGAAAUAGGUGAACUGAAGAGAAUAUUGGACGAAAAACGAAAGCUUCGUGUUCAGUUAACUGUGUAA